AUGCCUUCGAAUGAACCGAAAGUUAUGCGAGCAAAAGAUGUUUUAACGCCUCGUUAUGUACAGUAUUUUACAAUGACUUACGAGCAAUGGCGGGCUUUCUACGAUCACAAAACCUAUGAUGUAUACAAUAGUUGGGGAAAUCAACUUGUUCCGCAUUUAGUUACACUGGGUAUCACGUGUACGAUCAUUUUUCGAUAUCAUCAUAUUCGAGAUCCAAGUUCAUGGAAAAAGAAACCCAAUUUAUUCAGUGCCAGAGGUCACUGUAAAAAUAGCGAGUGUCCUGUGAGGAUUGAAAUCGAAGUUGAACAUGAAGUGAGAAAUAAAGGAAGUCCAUGUGUGUUCAAAGUGGUGGUUAUUGGUGAUAAAAAGCACGAUCCAAAGAAGGAAACGACUGGCCGUCCAUUGCCUGGAGCUGAUCGAGAAGCUAUGGCAAAACAAGUUAAUCAACAUGGACCACUAGCCAUCUAUGAACGUAAUUUACGAUAUGCUAAUGAAGAUCUUCUAAAAGAAGGAGACUUUAGUGAAGUUCCAUCAAUAGAUGUGAUAAAUCAAAUCGAAUCAAAAAAGUCACGUAAACUUUCAAAAUCAAAUCAACGUUUAUGGCAGCAGUUAGCCGAUAGACCCAUACCCAAUGAGCUUUUAAAACGGGCUCCAUUAACUCAUAGUUUAGCCAUCAAAAUUCCGUCUACAAUAUCGGCGACCACUGUCACAAUCAAUCCGUAUGUUUUGUCAGCACUAGAAAAUAAUUCGAAUAGUAAAAAUAUUAACAGUAAUGGAAUGGCAUUAUCACCAUUGACAAAUUCUAUUACUGACGGCGAUAAAGCAACUCAAGCCUCUCAUUUAGUUUCUGUUGGAACUGAAUGUUGUUCAUUGAUUGAUAAUAACAAUAAUAAUGAUGUACAAAUAUUACGUCCUGCAACCGUACGGAAAUCGGUACAAACAACAAAUCGUGUUCGUCUUUAUAAAAAACGCGUACAUUCAACGUCUUUGCCUACACAACUAGACACAUUGUUGCCGCCAAUGCAGACUGAUUCAUCCAUAAAUUCAACAAUAUUGUACGAUGUUCAAGCUCUUCUAUUUGGUAAAUCAGCUAUGUCACAAUUUGAAAACUAUUCAAUUGUACAAGAACAUACAAGUACUGAUCGUAUACUAUUACCAUCAUCAGCAGAUUCGCAUAAUGCAAAUGUCCAAACGUUACCGAUUCAAACAUCAUCAAAACAGAUGCAAACAACAAGUGAACAACUACUUUCAUUAAAUCAACAACAAGUAUUAAUGAUGGAUACAGGCAUACAGAAUGAUCUACCAUUUUGGCCAUUAGAUUCUGUACAACAAACGAUUGGAGAUUAUUAUUCAAUUUUCAAUGAUUUUAUUGAACCAAAUUAUAAUAUGUAUUUUGAAGAUAUGGAUUUCUUAUUUUUGAAUGAUAUCGGAACACAAACACAAAAAAAUUUAAAUACAAUUAAAACACAAACAAGACAAUAUGCUCAACAAAUAUUUUUUAGCGUUUACUUUCGUCAAAUUAUUGGUACUGAUGAUAGUCAUAAAAAUGUUAACGAUAUUGUCAUUUUGGGAUCAAAUAAAGCCUAUGUAAAACCGACAAUGGAUGAAGGUUUUAGUGAAAUAGUUUAUGUCAAUUUUAAACCAUUAUUCAACGAUAGUGAUGGAAAUGAAAAAUUGUAUCAUUAUUAUUUAUUAGACAAAUAG